AGAUCACUGAGCCGCUACAGUCGUUAUGGAUUCAAGGAAAAGACGCAGCCCCGGCGAUGAAGCUGAACAGGAGGGACAGCGGCCCGGCUGCAAGCAGAUUCGGGUGAAUGGCAAAAGACACGUAGCUGCGUUGAUUCUGGCGAGGGGAGGAAGUAAAGGGAUCCCUCUAAAAAACAUCAAAAUGUUAGCCGGAGUCCCGCUCAUUGGAUGGGUGCUGAGGGCUGCUCUGGACUCCGACAUGUUUGACAGCGUGUGGGUAUCAACGGACCAUGAUGAGAUCGAGAAGGUGGCCAAAUCCUGGGGUGCCCGGGUGCAUCGCAGAAGUCCUGAAUUCUCCAGAGAUGCUUCCACAUCAUUGGAAGCUAUUCAAGAGUUUGCCAGGCUCAAUCCGCACGUGGAUGUGAUAUGUAACAUUCAGGCUACGUCUCCAUGUCUCCAUCCAAAGCAUGUGAAGGAGGCCCUACAGAUGAUCCUGCAGCAGGGCUAUGAUUCAGUCUUCUCGGUGGUCAGGAGACACCAUUUCCGUUGGAAGGAGGUCAAAAAAGGAUGUAAGUCAACACAUAAGACUGUUGUUACAGUGCACUGAAAAUAGUCCAGGAUCUAGUCACCCUUUUUCUUUACAUUUACCCCACAUCCCCCUCUACAGAGUGGUAAGGUAGCCUACUAUGAGAUGCCGCCAGAACACAGUGUGGACAUUGACGUGGACAUCGACUGGCCUGUGGCAGAACGGAGGGUUCUCAGGUAUGGUUACUUUGGUCGGGUCAAACCUGAGGUGGUUAAGCUGAUGUUCUGCUGUGUUUCUGGAUGUUUAACGGAUGGAAGGAUCUACCUGUCUGCAUCUGGAGAGGAGAUGGUGUCUGUCAACACUAAAGAUACCAUGGGCAUCCGUAUGCUGCAAAGAGAAGAUGUAGAGGUAGUGCUCUUGACUUCCAGCGAGGACCCUGUGGCCAAGACGGCGUCUGACAAUCUGAAAAAGAGGAUGGGCUGUGAGGUGGUACUGGUGGGCCAGGAGCCGCUGAGUGACUUGAAGUCGAUGGUGAAGCAGAGGAAUUUGGAAUGGAAGGACGUGGCAUACAUGGGUAAUGAUAAAGCCGACAUCAACUGUCUGAACCAGGCAGGUCUGAGUGCAAUACCUGGAGAUGCUCCUGUGGUAGCCAUUAAUGCUGCAAAAUACACCUGCCACAGUGUUGGAGGAAAGGGAGCUGUUAGGGAGUUUGCAGAGCACAUUCUCCUGCAGAAAGAAAAGGCGAGGUCUCAGAUGGAGCAGGAUCGCAUUGACCGCAGCAGCUCCUAGAUACAUUAAACACGACUUGGAAAUUUUCAAAAUUUGGCACAUUUCAUGGACAAUUACUAGAAAUGACUGUCAGUGGGUUCAGGUUUUAAUAAUUAUAGAAGUGAUUGUAUAUCUAAAUAAAGUUCAUCUCACAUCCCUCCAUGCUUCUUGUACAAAGAAUUCUCCAUCUGUUCUCCUGCUAAGAUCCAACCAGAUCCAUUUGUACAGAAAUCAUGGAAGGAUGUAAGAUGAACUUAAUUUUGAUAUUUCAAUUCAAUAAAUAUUAAACAUUCUUAAAAGAUCUGCAAACUUUUCCUCUGAGAGAUUGAUGGUCUGCUUUUUAGAUGAAUAACGGGUGUGGCUUCAUAUAAUAACCUGGAUUUGCACUUUACUCGGCCAGUGAAGUCAUAAACUAAAUGCACUCUGUUUGAUAAGGCAUUACUUGUAUGUAACACUUAUUCUCCAUUUCCUCA